AUGGAUCAAUGGGCUCUUUUUGUUGAUUAUCGUCUCAAGCCUUCAACAAUGAAAAUGGGUAAUAGAAAUAGAGAUAUCAGGAAAAGACAAACUAUUCCUCACACGGGUGGUGCUAUGUCUUUGUCAAGAAGAAGGGAAAAUUUGAAAUUGGAGCUUGGUAAGAAUAUUGGGAGAGCUGAAAUGUGGAAGGUGACUCAUAAGAGAAAAAAUGGCACCUAUGUGAAUGACGAGGCUAUGGAGAUUGGGGAAAAAAUUGAUGAAUUGAUGUUGAAAAAUCCGGAAACUGCAUCUGAAAUAUCUCCAAAUGAUCCUAUUGGUGUCAUAUUUGGAAAAGAGCAUCCAGGUCGGGUUAGAGGACUUUCGUAUGGUGUGUGUCCUACUCUUGCUUUUCAGCAAUCAACUACAAGAAUAAGAGGAAUCAACUUUGCUUCACCUGAUGCAGCUUCACCACAUGACAAAGAUAAGUUUGUGAAGAUUGAAAAUGAACUUGCAACUGUCAAGAACCAAGUGCAAGCACUGCUUGCCUAUAUUGCUUCUAAAGAAGAUGUUCCAGAACAUGUUGCUGCAAUGGUUGCUGGUUUGGCGAGGAAACAGACCUUGUUGAUGCCGCAACAAGGGAACGUGAACCCCAAGAACAAACAGCAAGCCGGAACGGAGGGGAUUGCAGUGGCAAAAAUGCAGGUCCAGCUCUACGAGAUUCAACAGUGGAUGUUGGCCGAGCAAGAGAAGGAAUAUCACCUCUGCUUCACGCUUAGUAAAGAGAACAAAAUGACCAGAGCAAAGAUAGAGAAAAUGUGA